UACAGUGGCUAUGCAUGUUCAACUGUACUGGUUAUAGUAGCACUACCACACGUGUGAAGCUUUGGCCACCUUCGCACUGGACUUGACUCAACACCCAUGAUCCCCAGUCAGCCCUGGCAUACCCUCUCAUUAAGGCAACCCCGGAUGCACAGCACUGCUAUCAGGCAUCUUCUGGACCUGACAUAAACCAUCUAUUAUGCUGAAACAAUGGGAAAUGCCUCUGAAACAUUUCUGUUCGUGUCUAAAAUAUCAAAAGACAAUGACUUCCUCAUGGGAACUCUCUACACCAUUUUUGGUGUGCUGUCAGUGCUCGGGAAUGGCAUCCUGCUGUUUGUGGCCUAUAGAAAGAAGUCCUCCUUGAAGCCAGCAGAGUUCUUUGUGGUAAACCUGUCCAUCAGUGACCUGAGCAUGACCAUAACCUUGUUUCCACUUGCAAUAUCUUCAGCCUACACACACAUGUGGUUGUUUAAUAAGACAGUCUGUACUGUGUACGCCUUUUGUGGUGUUUUGUUUGGUCUGUGCAGUCUGACCAACCUGACGGUGCUCUCUUGUGUCUGCUGGCUCAAGGUCUGCUGCCCUAACUACGGUAACAAGUUUUCAUCCAUCCACGCAUGCCUGCUGGUUGCAGGCAUCUGGUGCUACGCUGGAGUCUUUGCUGUUGGUCCUCUGUCAGGCUGGGGAGAGUAUGGGGCUGAGCCUUAUGGUACAGCAUGCUGCAUCAACUGGCAUGCACCCAGCCAAAAUUCUGCAGCUAUGAGCUACAUCGUCUGUCUCUUUUUCUUCUGCUAUAUUUUGCCCUGCACUGUCAUUUUUCUGUCCUACGCAUUCAUCCUGCUGACUGUCCGGGGCUCACACCAGGCUGUGCAGCAGCACGUGUCCCCACAGAACAAGAUCACCAAUGCACAUACGUUUAUCGUUAAGCUUUCCGUGGCAGUUUGCAUCGGUUUCCUGACAGCAUGGAGUCCAUAUGCUAUUGUGUCCAUGUGGGCAGCAUUUGGUAACCCAACAACUGUACCACCUAUAGCGUUUGCUAUGGCAGCUAUUUUUGCCAAGUCCUCCACCCUUUACAACCCCAUUGUCUACCUGGCUUUCAAGCCCAAUUUUCGCAAGUCCCUGUGUCGAGAUGUGGCCAACUGCAGAAGGAGACUCUGUGGAUGUUCAUGCCAGGAAAGCUCUGCAGAAAAGGGAACUUGCAGAAAAUCUCAUCACAAAGAAGAAUGCAACUCUACAAGGUUAUCCAAUGGGUUACCAGAGAACCACAGGACCUGCAGACACUGUCCUUGUCCAGAAACAGAUACUGGUAAUAGAGAAAAUUUAAUAGACUACAGCCCCCAGCAGACUGCCAGGAUACUUCAAGGAUCUGUACACAGUGAAGUGGCUGUCAGCCAGCUCUCCAAUGAAAUGCAGAGUGACUUUCUCUAG